ACUCAAAAGAUAGUACUAGUAAUAACACCUCCAUCAGAGGUCUAUCAACUGAUGAGAUGAUCACCAUUAAUGGAGUCUUUGAAUUCAAUAAAUUUAUUUUAUGACUACCAAUCCACUGAAGCUACAUUGAUUGACCUUACAGAGAGUAAUACUAGUUACUCAAUAUAUCUCGUUUUCGGGGUACAGUUGAAAAGAUAUUUAAGUUUGGUUACUGUUACUUCCUCACAACAACCUAUGUUCAUUACCACUACUACUACUUGCCUUGUCAAUGACUCAACCAAUGCAUGGCUCUUCUUUUUGCUUCCCUCAAUCACACAAAUCAGUAGAAAAUCUCUCUUCAUUAUGAUUUUCUUGGUUGCUUCAAAACUAUUUUAUUAAAUUUAGUAAUCUUUUUAAUUGAUAAAUUACAUGAUGUAUUAUAGCCAAUAGAUGUUUAGAAAACAAAUAAGGAAAAAUAUGACGUGGAGAUCAUGAUAAGCUGAAACACAAGAUUCUCCUUAGCUCAAUUCAACUCUGACUGAUUAGUCUCUCUCAUAUGCAAUUAAGCCCUAAAAUAUCAUUAUUUCCUUUUUUUCUUUAUCCCUUUCUGAUCUCUAUCUCUCCCUGUGUUCAUGUUCACAAGCAUAUAGUCUCUCCAAACGAUUGUUGAUUGAAGUUGAAGAUGAAAGACUUUGUGAUUGAUGAUGUUGGUAAUGCAGACUCCAUAAUGGAUAGUGAUGAUGAUGAUUGCAGAAGGUUUAUGGUGAAUGCAGUUACUAAGCAUCACACUCCAACCAUGUUUCAAGAAACUGAUGUUUCAGUUAUUUCUCUUGACGAUGAUGAUGAUGGUGAUCUCAAGAUUGAUGAGGACUACAAGUUGUUACUUGAUGAUAACAGUUUAGUCCCUCCCUUUGAAGACGACAGUAACGAAUCUGAAACGCGUAGACUCAGAUUCAACAUGGUUACUGAUGAUGCAAACAGAUCUAAGAGGAAGUUAGCCGAGUUAGACGCUGCAAGGGAUGUUCCUUUAGCUAGUAACAUGUCAGAAGAGUCAACAGAGGAUGAUGAGGCUUUAUGGGAUGUUCCAUUGCUUAGAACCCUAGACGUCAUCAAACGUGACAACGAAGCUAGGAAACUGGCGGAGUCAACUUCAUGGGAUGUUCCAUUGGUUAGAGCCCUAGAAGUCAUACAAAGAGACGACAAAGCUAGGAGAAUGUCAGAGACUUUAUGGGAUGUUCCCUUGGUUAGAGCCCAAGAAGUCAUCCAACGAGGCAACAAAGCUAGGAGAUUUCUAGAGUCAAAGGUUGAUGACACUUUACGUGAUGUUCCAUUGGUAAGAACCAAAGAAGUGAAGCGAGUACAUAGAGUUACAGAGCCUUCAAUGACACAAAGCAACAAAAGAGUUUGUGUAGGGACAAGGAAGAAGAAUGUGGAAGAAGUUGUGGAUAAGGACUACAGGAGUUACCUCACAUGGCUUGUAGACUCCUUUAAACAUCCCACAACCGUUGUCCCUGAAAAGGAUCUAUCAGCAAAAGUAAAGGUUGAGAUUGAGUCUUGGUCUUCUGAUGAUGAUGAUGAUGAUGUAAUUGAGGUUAGUGAUACUCCAUUCACAGAUGGAGAGAGUACACCUUUUGUGGUGUCCAAGAGCAAGGAAGUGAUUGAUCUUGAGAAAGAUGAUAGUACAGAUGAUGAAAGUUUUGGUAGUUGUGUGUUUAGAAAGGAGCUAAUAGAUGUUCUUGAGAAACCAUACGAUGAAGGAGAGCUGUUGUUGUUGUCUAGUCAGGCAUCAAUGAAGAAACCAGUGAGUAGAUGUAGAGAGCUGAGAAAGGGAAGAGAGAGUAGCUAUGAGACUUCUGAGCUGGGACAGUCUUAUCUCGAGAAGGUCUGUGAUUUCGAUGAAGAAUACAAGCGUGUGGAUGGUGAUGAUAAGGCGAGGUUGGAGUUGCUGCGUGGGUUUUUCUUUUACUUGGAGAAUAUUUCUCUUCCUGGUGCUUUCAAGCCUUGGUUACCAGAGAACAUGAAGAAGAUGGGACAAAGAAAGCAAUCUUUGCAACCAUAAGAAGAUGGUUGGGUCAAUCUUUUGGUUAAACUGUUGUAUGUUUUAGAAUCGAAUCAGGGCUGCUUCUCUUUUAUUUUGUUGUUGUUGGAUGACAAUCUGAUUCAGAGUAGUUGCUUGUCUCCCAAGAAUCUUGUUUUCUUGAGCAAUGUCUCAGUGAGGACACUGAGUUCAAAAGCUUAAUCAAAAAAAAAAAAGCAAGAGAACAAGAUCUGAAACAUUCCUUUCAAAACUAACAGAGAACAAGAUAUGGAGCCAACAUCAGCAUCAUCUUGUAUACACAACUUCCUAUAUGUACAUAGCUAAUACAUUGUUUGAGAAUUACAUGUUAGGAUUAUGAACCAAAGAGGCACACAACCAUAGGGGGCUCAUUAGUCAUGAUGAUUCGCCUAUUCCCUUCUGAAUCAGCAAAUCAUACACUCUGUCUACUUUACUCGGCUCUACCCUGAA